AUGACCUCACCGACUUCGUCGUCGUCGUCGAACGAGCCAUCGUCUUCGCUACAGCCUCGUGACUCGAUCUCUGCAGCGUCUGGAAGCACCAUAGUGGUCGAACGCAACGACGCGUGCAAGGCUGACGAGACCUCGAAGAAGCAUGCCGUGAUCCUCGACAUAUCACUGUCAUCUACAGGCUCCAGUUAUGACAUGACUUUCAAGAAGCCCUCGAUCGAUGAACUGCUGCACCGUGGCCCGGCUGCUAUCAUGAAUGGUGCAGCUCACCGCAAGCCGAGCAUUCGCUGGGUCCAUUUACGCUCCAAUGUCAUGUUCUGGGUCGAGCAGCUGAUGGACAGAGUCUGUGAGGAGCGCCGCAUUCAAGUUCCAGACAACCCUUCGAAAAGACCUGGAAGUCCUACGAGACUCAAUCCGAUGCUACGAAAAGAUCUUUGGUACCAUCUCUUUCACGGCAAGGCAUCCGAUCAGAUUCAAACAAGGUUCAUGGGACCUGCAUGCACGCCCUUCUCGGUCGAUGUCGAAGACGAGCAGUCUGACUCAUCUAGUGAAGCCGACGCAGGUGCGACCCGCGGCCCGCGAAACAAUCUUGUGAUGUAUAUGCCAUAUCUCAAUUGGGAGUCAGUGAAAGCAUGGGACGAAAGGCAACAGCUUAUUGGGGAUAUUAAUGGCAAGCGCUCUUGCCGACCUCAGGCGGAUACAGAAUUCGUGCGCGACUAUCUACACCACAACACAUCCCCUCUGCACGAUCGCAGAACGCUGCACCAAGCAUACUACCAUGACUUUGGCAUGACGAGGCCGCUACCAGACUAUGAUCAGGUGAUGCAUCGCUUCACUGCUAAGCUGGAUGAAGGUGAAGCAAAGCUCGUCAUAGUCGACCAGCUCUGGCUCUGGGUCAUCAAAGGCGGUACGUUCACCGACGGCGACUCUGCUGAGGCACAUCCGGAUCUGGUCGUUACAGCGUUCCCCCAACGCUUCAAUGGCGAAUACAAUUCCGCCGACAUCUAUCAUGGCAUCAUCCAACAUCUCGAACGCGGCCUUGAACCCUCUCUCCGCACCAUCAACGAUCUCGUCGCUCUCAUCGUCGAACAUUGCACAGGUGUGUUCUUUCAGCGGCAAUUGGAAUCGGACAAGUGGUUUAUGGAAUUCUUUGCUGCAGCCAUCGGCCUGGUACGCGAUGAUAAGACAGCUGCAUUCAACAAAUUCUGCGUUGCCGUCCAAGAGCUGGAAAGGCUGCAAGCACGACAAGCCUCGCUGAUCGAACUCUCACGCAAGCUCGAGUCUUCCGAUUUCUCGAUCGCCCUCGAAACAGGUCUCUUCAAGGAGAUCAAGGACAUUAUCGACGAGCUUGGCUGCAUAGACUACAUUCUAGCACGCCAAGAAGACGUCGUCAAGUCCUUGACCCGCACAUACCGCUCACGCGCCGUCAAGAAUGUAUCAGAAAUGGUAUCGGAGCGAAAAGAGAGCUGGAAGCGGAUCGCCGAGACAGCACAAGUGGCAUACAACGAGAUACAAGCACAGAUGGAUAUCAAACAGAAGCAAAGCAGUCUUGCUGAAGCAAGGUCGAAUCGGUACCAAGCUGAGGACUCCGCGAGACACGGACGGAUAAUGCUGUUGUUCACAGUCGUCACGAUAAUCUUCUUGCCGCUGUCGUUCAUGGCGACAUGGUUCGGUAUGAACGUCAAGGGACUAGAGGACAAUUCGCAGCUCAAUCUGGCGCUGAUAGCUGCGAUCAUAUUUCCGGUUUCAGUCGUUAUUGCGAUCGUUGCGUUGGCUUUUGCAUUCAGUGAGAGGCUGAGGGACAGGACAGCUGGAAUUAUUGAGAAGAUCUUGGACACAUUGCUGGCGUGCUUGCCAGUGCAUGGAAGCGAGAGCGCUGCUCGGAGAAGGAGAAGUCAGGUCAGAGAUAUGGGGAGACCACCGAGGUGGGAUGUGAGGAUUAGAGGGACGGACCCUGAUAUGGAGAUGCAGUGA